AUUCAUCAGAUUACAAUUCAGUGAUCAGUGAUAAGUAUCUAAGUCUUUAGACCACAAAAAAAAAUAUUAAAAAUGAAAUUCAUCGUCCUUUUCGCCUGUAUCGCCGUCGCACUUGCUGAUGUCAGCCACUUAGACACAGUUGUUCGUUUUGACUCAGUUGUCAACCCAGACUCAUACAACUAUGCCUACGAAACAUCAAAGGGAAUCCGCGCUGAAGAAGCUGGAGUCUUGAAGAACGCUGGAUCAGAACAAGAAGCAAUUGAAGCCACAGGAUCAUUCUCAUACACAUCACCCGAAGGCGAGAACAUUGCUGUCCAAUAUGUUGCCAACGAAUUAGGUUUCCAACCAACUGGUGAUCACAUCCCACAACCACCAGAAAUCCCAGCUUUGAUCCAAAAGGCUCUUAAAUACCUCGCUGACCACCCACCAGCAGCCAGAAAGUAA